UCGUUCGUCGUGCUCCUGUUCACGCUUUACGCCGUUUACGGAGUUUGGCAGUAAACUGUUUGGGCGCUCGCGAAGUAUCAAUUGUUAGGGAUACGUCAGUUAAUUUAUCGGAAAAUGUCAGACACACGUGUUCUGGGCAAGCGAUUAGGGCAACGCGUCAAUCAAGAGGCGAUCGUGCUUGGCAGAAUCACAGAGAAAAGCUCGGAUGGUAUGAGCGCAGAAAUAACAACAACGGAUGACGCUCGAGUUAACGUCACGUUUCUCGAGCCACUCACCAGCAACUUUUCAGACUACGUAGAGGUGCACGGUACAGUGAAGUCCAAGUCUACCAUGUCCUGCAGUAGAGUUAUAUACUUCCCACCGGACAUGAGUAAAGACUUUGAUACAAACAGCUACAACACAAUGAUGAAUAUGCGCUGCGCAGUGGAAAAGGAGUUAGAGGGAGGGUUUUACGGAGAUUAAGAAGACGAAGAUUCAAGGAAUUUGCAUAUACAAAUUGUUUACUAUGUUUCAUUUCUUCUUACAUUUUUUGCUUUUUACAUUCUAUUAGCUGAUCUGGUAUAUUAUCCCUACCAUAAAAGUAACAAGGAAUGCUGCAAUGUAAAAGAAAAGCAUUCAAACAUGCAUUCCCUCGUCUGUACAUAAAGUCAAUCCGGCGGGAUCAGAUAGUAUACAAAACAUGCGAAACCGUAGAACUGUAAUAAAUUAUAUUACCUCAAUAAUACAUAUAUAUGUAUAAGAAUA